CGUAGCCCCGACACUAAUACCUCCACGCCCAAGCAAAGUCUACCAAGAUGACCGUUUACCUUCUCUCAAAAAUCGGUGACCCCAUCUUCGCCGUAACAAUGGGCAUCGCAGCCUCCCUCUCCCGCAUCCGCCGCGAACAAAUCGAGCAGAAUCCCGAGAAAGCAUCGGAGAUUGGAUACGGGACUGUUGUGUCAUUGGGGCAACGGCGGUUGCAGAGGUGGUGGAAUGGGGAUUUUAAGGAUCUUUGAAUGGAUUGAUAUGCACUACACUGUCGCAUAGGAAAGUAGCGCUCUUUGGGUGCGGAUCGCAAGGACUGGACUACACUACACUACACUGCAUAUAUUUCCCAUCCUGGUCUGGGGUUGAUAUUUGGGAAUUUGGGGUUUUGGUGUUACUCUGUAUUUUGCUGGAUUAUGGGCCGAGGUUUAAUUGAUUGAUUGAUUGAUACCUAAAUGUUGAAGCGAAGCUUUCGCUAUUCAGAUUUCUCAUGGCAGUUUGACAAAAGCAUAUUGCAAGCUAGAUAUAACACCAAAUGAGAGGGGGUAGUCUCGGUUGAGCUUGGCU